GAGUAGGACGUAUAAUAAUUUUUGUCGCCCACAACCAUUUUACGUUUUCACGUAGAGCCAACUGGCCCCUUCAGUUCGGGAAAAUUUGAUUUGAUCUAUAAACACUGAUUUUGGAAAAGCAAAAAGUGGGAUGAUUGGUAACCAAUGACCGUCACACGCGAUCUGUGUUAGUUUCCACGUACAUUUCCUCUCCAUUUGUCAUUUCAGUCGGGUUGUUUAUUCCACAAGCCUCGAAACAGGAUAAUUCCGUCGACAUUCUCCUGCGUGGUGCGCAACAAUGGCAACUGCUCUAAGUGGCCAUAACCCGGGUGGACGUGGACCAAACCAACGCAAAGGUCGGAUUUUAGGCAUCAUCGAUGCCAUUCAGGAUGCAGUCGGACCACCAAAACAGGCUGCUGCUGACCGCCGAACAGUUGAAAAAACGUGGAAGCUUAUGGACAAAGUGGUUCGUCUCUGUCAGAACCCUAGACUACAGCUGAAAAACAGCCCCCCGUACAUCUUGGAUAUCUUACCUGACACGUACCAGCAUCUGCGGCUAAUACAGUGCAAAUAUGAGGAGAGCCAGAGACUGACUCAGCUCAGCGAGAAUGAUUACUUUAAGGUCUACAUUGAAAGCCUAAUGAAGAAAUCGAAAAGGGCUAUCCGGCUUUUCAAAGAGGGCAAGGAGAGGAUGUAUGAGGAGCAGUCCCAGGACAGGCGUAACCUGACCAAGCUCUCACUCAUCUUCAGCCACAUCCUGGCAGAGAUCAAGGCCAUCUUUCCCGGGGGUCAGUUCCAGGGAAACACGUUCCGCAUCACCAAAGCAGACGCCGGCGAAUUCUGGAGGAGAUUUUUUGGAGAAAAGACCAUCGUGCCUUGGAGAGUGUUCCGACAGUGCCUUCACGAAGUGCAUCACAUCAGCUCUAGCCUGGAGGCCAUGGCCAUUAAGUCCACCAUCGAUCUCACCUGCAACGACUACAUAUCUGUCUUUGAGUUCGACAUCUUCACCAGGCUGUUCCAGCCAUGGGGCUCCAUCCUGAGAAACUGGAACUUCCUGGCUGUGACUCACCCUGGUUACAUGGCUUUCUUGACCUACGACGAGGUUAAGGCACGGCUACAGAAAUACAGCAACAAACCCGGCAGCUACAUCUUCAGACAAAGCUGCACACGACUGGGCCAGUGGGCCAUUGGCUACGUCACCAACAACGGGAACAUCCUGCAGACCAUCCCCCACAACAAGCCCCUCUUCCUGGCCCUCAUCGACGGAUGCAGGGAAGGCUUUUACAUGUUUCCGGACGGACGCAGCUACAACCCUGACCUUAAAGGCUUGUGUGAACCCACCAUCCAUGAUCACAUUAAAGUCACACAGGAGCAGUACGAGCUCUACUGCGAGAUGGGCUCCACCUUCCAGCUGUGCAAGAUCUGCGCCGAGAACGACAAGGAUGUAAAGAUCGAGCCCUGCGGACACCUCAUGUGCACCUCCUGCUUGACUGCCUGGCAGGAGUCGGACGGACAAGGGUGCCCUUUCUGCCGGUGUGAGAUCAAAGGCACAGAGCCGAUCAUCGUGGACCCUUUUGACCCGCGCAACACAGGGGCUAAGUGCUUCUUCCUGGAUGACUUUAGCUCGCCUAUGCUGGAACUGGACGACCUGGACGAGGAUAGAGAGGACUGUCUGGUCAUGAACAGACUGGCCUCCAUCAGGAAGCAGUGUGCCGAACGGCAGAACUCCCCCGUGAUGUCGCCAAACUCCUCCCCGGUGGCCCAGAGGAGGAAAGCCCAUGCUGAGGCCCUCAGCAUCCAGCACCUCAGCCUGCCCCCCGUACCCCCUCGCCUGGACCUCAUCCAGAAGGGCGUCAUCCGAUCCCCCUCUGCCAGCCCCUCCAGCUCCCCAAAGUCCUCUCCAGGGCUGGCUAGAAAGCAAGACAAGCCUUUACCUGCUCCCCCGCCCCCCAAGAGGGACCCUCCGCCCCCACCACCUCCUGAGCGCCCACCACCCAUCCCACCAGAUGGAUGUGUCUCCUUGGACCCCUCCUCCACCGUGCCCUGUGACCCCGCGCUACCCCCUGAGGCCUGGUGCCCCAAAGAGAGCCCCCUGGUGGACCCCCACAAAACGGGAACAGGGGCUGACCGCUCCUCCAAGCUGGUCCACUCUGCCCAGUCUGAUGGCAACGGUAGACCACUCAGCUGGCCCUUGGCGGAUGCAGGCAUUGGCGGCUCGCAUCCCAGAAUAGAGGCCCUCAUGGAGAACCCCAAGCCUUACUCAAAUGGUCUCCAUGUCAGUGAUGAGUACGACGUUCCUCCUCUCCGACACUCCUCUCCCUUGCCCGCUCUCAACAGCAGCCACAAACACCUCAAUCCUUUCACCACACAUGUCGUUGGGAGAGCAAGAGGAACAACCGAGCGUGUUGAAGAUGAGUAUCAGAUCCCUUCAUCCCACCCGGUGUGCCUAUCCCAUUCCCCAGUCUGCGUCUCCGUCCGGAUCCCUAGCAGAAAUCUGGAGAAUGGCUCCUCGGAGUCCUCUGCAGAGGAAAAGAAGCACAAGCCCUUUGAGUAUGGUGGGCAUUUUGAAUCGGGGGUGUUGCUCUCUGGGGCAGCUCGUGCGCGCCCUCUGUCCCUUUCACAACAGGACGCCCUCAGACUACGACAUUCUACUUCCCCCUCAAGGACUGUUUAA